AUGACGUGCUCUUUUUUUUCUAAUACCUCGGACAUAAUCCUAAUUUUACUGGCGACAUUUCUCUUCUGUUGCGGGGCUGGUGGCCACUCACAUUUGGAGGAUGAAGAGGAGGUGGAGACAGACCACCAAUCUCAGGGAUCGAACAGUUUCCAGACAUCUUGGAUUGCAAAAAGAAUGAGCCAGAUGUCCUGCCACUGUUGUUCAAAUUCUUUCAAUAGUCACUGCUGCCUGCAGUGCAUGCGAAGUGUCGGCAAACGAGGGGAUGUUUCAGCUUCUCUAAAUCCUUUUGAGGACACCACAGAAGACAUCAAUGAACGUUUCAUUUCUGUGGACAGAUCUGGGCCCAAAGAUGCCACGAAUGACUGGACAACCAAUUCUCUGCUUUGCUUUUGCUGUUUGCUUCAGAUGGACAGGCAACAUUCCUCUUCUUCCAGACUGUGGUCUUGUUGUGAUAAAUGCCCAGACCUUCUUCGUUUCUUAGAAAAGCUCAACAUUAAAUAG